GUGUUCAAAUCACGUCGGGGUCAAUUCGUAUACUUCAUUUUUAACCUUUUUCUUUAAGAAAAAUUAUUCUUUUAAACAUGUUAAAAAUCAAGUAUAUUUUUACAUUAAAAGAUAUAAGGUCACAUAAAAUAAUAAGUUAAUUAGAAUAAUUAUUAUAUACAUAUAUAACCCUUACUCUAUUUGUUUACAUUCAAUGCUGUGAAGUAUAGAAUACAGCAUAUAUCAUUAUAUCAAACAUUAUAUACAUGUUUAUAAAUUUCUAUAAAUAACGUAAUAAAAUAAUCUUGAUUAUCUUAAUUAGAAUCAAGACGUGAAUAAAGCUAACCUUCUUCCUUUUCAUCCGUGUAAUUUAACGCAUAACAAGUUUUACGAAACCAAAAGAAAUGGGCAAAGAAAAUGAUUCUGAUAAUACAAAAAAAAGGAGAAAAUCAGUUAGUGGAAAUUCUGGAAUAUCUUUGAAAGAUGGAGAUAUAUAUAAGGUUAUAAUUAGUUAUGAAGAAAAGGAAGCUAUAGAACGUUUACCAGAAAAUGAUUCUGAAAGUUUUCUAUCUACCUGUGAUAAUAUACGUGCGGCUAUGAAUAAAAUUGCAAAAUUAAAAACCACUGGGGAUGUAAACGCUAAAGAUGAAAUACAUGAACUUCAGAUUCAGACAUCAUUAGCAUUUAUUGAACUAAAAAAAUUGAAUAGAAUGGAAAAAUUUCGUACAAAAUUUGCAAGAGAUUCUCUUAUAUCUUCAAAAAGUUCUGUCGAUAGCAGACAUUUACAUUUACAAAACCUGUUAUAUGAAGUAAUGCACUUAAAGAAAGAAGUUGUUAAAUGUCUUCAAUUCAAGUCUAAAGAUGAAUUGAUACAACUUGUAUCAGAAGAAGAAUUUUACAAGGAAGCACCUGAAAAUAUUUCUAGGCUGGAAAUAACAAAACAUAAUCCUCAUCAACUAAGACUAGCACGCCUAGAAUGGGAAUUAACGCAAAGAAAACAACUAGCCGCUUUGUGUGAUGAAUUGACAGAGAAUAAAAAGGCAGUAGCAUUGAGUAUCGAAUCAAAACAAACUCGACUUGAUAAUCUUGCUCCACAACUUCGCACUAUAUUAGAAGCAAGCAAGCCAUUACAAGAAAGCCUUGGUUUGUUGUUGGAUAAAGUUAGACAAGAACAUCAUAAAGCGACAUUACUUGCAUCACCACUGUAUGUUCUUUAUGCAAAGGCAUCUGCAUACAGAGAUGCAUAUGAUAAUUCUAUAAUAGUAAAAGUAGAAGGUGAUGAAGAAGAAGCAAAGCGUGCAAAUAAUCAGGAUGGAUUACAAGAAUCUGAUUCAGAUGCUGAAACUGUUUCUGAAAAUGUUACAGAAGAAACACCUGUACAUAAAAAAAGACAUCAUAGGUUAUCUAGAGAAGCUAGGCAAGAAGAGAAAAGAACAAAACUGUUACAAAGGCAUCCUUUAAACGUAAAGAUAAUUAUUAAAUUGAAAAAUGAAACAAAGCUGACAUUGCAAUUUUAUUACAUGAUGUCUCUGAAAGUUGUAACUGUGGAAUCAAAAUUAAAAACUGAUGGUAUUAUGGGCAUUAGUACAGGAGAUAUGCUUAUAUCAGAAUCGAUUUUACGGGAAUUAUAUCCACGAGAUUUAGGAUUAGAGAGCCCAAAUCCUGCUAAUUAUUAUCAAUUGAAUCGACAUAAUUUAGGCCAAUUUUCAUCACUUGGAUUAGGAAUCCCAUAUAAAUGGGCACAAAGAAUGGCUGGAUUACAUUUUAUUUCACUGGAUACGAGAGAGCAAAAAUUUACGAGUUGCGAAAUAACACAAGAUAGUGUUGAAUGUGUGUUGAGAGAAAUCAAAAGACGUGUAAUAGCAAGAUUAGAGUUAUGUACGGAGAUUAGACAAUUAGAAUGUGGAAACUUCCCAAAUUUCACUACUAAUAACGAUAUUUUACCACAAAAACUUAGUACAAUUUUACAAAGAUUCUCAACAAUUUCAUGGAGUAAUUAUUGUAAUAGCGUAAAUCCCAUUUUUCAAGAACAAGGAUUAGUAUCUUCGUUAGACAUCUUUUAUGAGGCUGUACUUCGUCGGGGCAAUAAUGAAUUAAUUGCAAGAAUAGCUAUAAAACCAGAUUAUCCAAAAAUAGCACCGGUAUUUAAUAUAAGUAUAAAUCCUAUAGUACCUGCGUCUGUAGAUAUUUUAAGAGAUAUUGAAAGGGAAGUAAAUGUCAUGUGGAUAAAACCGCCGACAUUAUCUGCGCAACUUCAGCGAUUACGAGCAUGUUUCGACAUUUAUUUGGAAUCUGAAACUAUUAUACCAAAAGAAAAGAUCUUCUUUCACCCUGUAAAAGGUCGUAUUCGUGCUAGACCAUAUAAAUAUUUAGAGCUAGGCGGUGGAAUUUUUAUUCAUCGUUAAUCUAAUACAAUACAACAUGAUAUAUACGAAUACAUUUUUGCAAAAUACA